UCAGUUCAGAGUGGAGGGACGGGGUGGCCGAGGGGUGGCCAGAUGCCAAAAGCCCCCAGCACCACGAGGCGCUCAGGUCAUGGUUUCCAUGUGUUUUGCAAAUCUGAAUGACACCCCCCACACACACACAUAAACAUACACAUCCCCACUUGACUCCGUAGGCCUUGGGAACAAAAUGGGAGCUGGGACCUCGACCCCUGCCUCCAAUCCUGGGGCUCUCUGCUGCACCUUCUGGACGUUUCCACAAUUGCACGAAGCACAGUUCAGGUGGCCCGGGGACCUGAGGGACGCUUCCCACAGCUCCGGCCAUGAAGACUCUCAGAGCAAAGUUUAAAAAGACAGAGCUGCGGCUCAGCCCAACUGACCUCGGCUCCUGCCCGCCCUGUGGCCCCUGCCCCAUCCCCAAGCCGGCCUCCUGGGGAGGCAGGCGGCAGAGCCAGGACUGGACCAAAAGUGAUGAGAGGCUGCUGCAGGCUGUGGAGAACAAUGAUGCCUCCAGGGUGGCUGCCCUGAUUGCCCGCAAGGGGCUGGUGCCCACCAAGCUCGACCCGGAGGGCAAGUCAGCAUUCCACCUGGCCGCCAUGCGGGGUGCCACCAGCUGCCUGGAGACCAUGCUUUCCCAUGGGGCCAAUGUUACGAGUGUGGAUGGGGCAGGUUACCAUGCCCUCCACCUGGCCGCCAAGUAUGGGCAUCCUGAGUGUCUGAGGCAGCUGCUGCAGGCCUCCUGUGCGGCGGACACUGUGGACAGCAGUGGGUGGACGGCUCUGCAUCACGCAGCUGCCGGUGGCUGUCUCUCCUGCUCAGAAAUCCUCUGCUCUUUCAAGGCACAUCUGAGUCCCCGAGAUCGGUCAGGCACGACGCCCCUGCUCAUAGCUGCUCAGAUGUGCCACACAGACCUGUGCCGCCUCCUCCUGCAGCAGGGCGCAGUCGCGAAUGACCAGGACUUGCAGGGCAGGACGGCUCUCAUGCUGGCAUGCGAGGGGGGCAGCCCCGAGACGGUGGAGGUGCUGCUACAGGGGGGCGCCCAGCCGGGCAUCACCGACGCUCUGGGCCAGGACGCGGCUUACUACGGCGCCCAGGCGGGCGACAAGCUCAUCCUCCACCUCCUCCAGGAAGCCGCCCAGAGGCCCUCGCCACCUAGCGAGGACGAGUCUGGUGAGGCCUCAUCACAGAACUCUGUGUCCAGCCGUGACAAGCGAGGGGGUCCCAGAAAGCGGAAGGCGCCCCCGCCCCCUGCCUGCACCCCCAUGCCUGUGAGAGAUGCCCAGCCGCCGGGGGAGGGCCAGGGUGGCUCAGGCAGGGUGGUGGGGUGGGGUGUGGCUCAGGUGAGGAAGGCUGUGGGGUUCUGGGGCCUGGGGGCGUCGCAGGAUGACCGGGAGGCCUACGAGGAGAUUGUGCGGCUGAGGCAGGAGCGGGGGCGGCUGCUGCAGAGGAUCAGGGGCCUGGAGCAGCAUCAGGAGCGGAGGAGGCAGGAGCUGCCCGAGGCGGAGGCCACCUCCCUACACAGCCUGGAGAGAGAGGUGCAGGAGCUGCGGCAGCUGCUGGCCGAGCGGCAGGAGGAGAAGGAGAGUCUGGGCCGCGAGGUGGAGAGUCUGCAGAGCCGGCUGUCCCUGAUGGAGAAUGAGCGUGAGAACACCAGCUACGACGUGGCCACCCUGCAGGACGAGGAGGGGGAGCUCCUCGACUUCUCAGGCGCUGAGGCUCCACCGGGGAAGUGUCCGGGCCCGUCCUCUCAGGACUUGUUGGCUUCCCUGCGUGAGCAGGUGGCUGUGCUCACCAAGCAGAACCAGGAGCUGAUGGAGAAAGUGCAGGUCCUGGAGACCUUUGAGAAGGAGGAGGUGGACGUGAACGGCUCAGCCGAACUCAUCCCCCUGGCCCUGUAUGACUCCCUCCGGGCUGAGUUCGACCAGCUUUGCAGGCAGCAUGCUGAGGUCCUGAGGGCACUGGAGCAGCGGGGGGCACCAGGGGUGCCUGCAGAUGGGGCUGCAGGGGCCCCAGACACCAGCAAUGGGCCUGUGGGGACAGGUGCCCCUGUCCCAGAAGCCCUGGUGAAUGGAGCGGAGACCACAGACAAGUCUGCAGGAGCCGAGGCCACGGAGGGCGAGACCCUGGAGGCUGAGGAUGUUGGGGGUGAGGCCUUGGGGACACAGGUGGCUGGGGCUGGGGCUGGGGCUGCAGAUGUGAAGACUCCAGCAGCGGGUAGAAAUCCGGAUGCAAGGGCCACGGGAGCUGAGAGCACGGGAGCUGAGGCCACAGGCAAACCCUCGGGGGAUCCAGAAACAAAGGUCAAUGGCAUGGCUGCGGUGGGGGCUGAGCUCACAGGCACAGCGGUGGAGAACACGGGGUGCAUGGGGGGUGAGACCGUGGGAGACAGGGAUACAGGAGAGGAGGCCACGGGAGUCGAGGCCACAGAAGACAGGGCCACAGGACAGGAGGUCACGGCAGACAAGGCCACAGGACAGGAGGCCACAGGAGACAGGGCCACAGGACAGGAGGUCACGGCAGACAAGGCCACAGGACAGGAGGCCACAGGAGACAGGGCCACAGGACAGGAGGCCACAGGAGACAGGGCCACAGGACAGGAGGUCACGGCAGACAAGGCCACAGGACAGGAGGCCACAGGAGACAAGGCCACAGGACAGGAGGCCACAGGAGACAGGGCCACAGGACAGGAGGUCACGGCAGACAAGGCCACAGGACAGGAGGCCACAGGAGACAGGGCCACAGAACAGGAGGCCACAGGAGGUGAGGCCACAGCUCUGAGCGACCCCGCCAGCCCCCUGCUGCACCCCAGUGCGGCCGAGGCCUCUGAGAAGCUGCAGGCAGAGCUGGAGACCAGGAUCCUUGGCCUGGAGGAGGCCCUGCGACAGCGGGAGCGGGAGGCGGCAGCGGAGCUGGAGGCUGCGCGGGGCAAGUUCCAGGCCGCGGAGGCUGAGGCGGGCCGGCUGCGGGAGCGGGUGCGGGAGGCCGGCCCGGAGGACACAGCCCAGCUGCGGGCGGCCCUGGAGCAGGCCCGGCAGGACCUCUGCGGGCGGGACGCGCGGCUGCGGGAGCUGGAGGCUCUGGCGGGCUGGCUGGAUGAGGCCCGGGCCGGGCGGCUGCUGGCGGAGGAGGAGGCGCGGGGGCUGCGGGCCGAGCUGGCGCGGGCCGAGGAGGCGCGGCUAGAGCAGAGCCGGGAGCUACAGGCGCUGCGGGACGAGCUGGCGGCCGCCCGGACCACGGGCGAGCAGGCGCGGGAGGCGGCGGAGCUGCGGGCCUCGGAGCUGGGGGAAGCUUGUGAGGAGGCCCGCCGGGGCCUGGCCGAGCUGCGGGAGGCAGCCGAGGCGCUGCGGGAGGCGUCCGUGCCGGCCCACGAGCACCGGCGGCUGCAGGCCGAGGCUCUGGAGCUGCGGGGUCGGGCGGCCGGUCUGGAGCAAGAAGUCGUGGAGGCCGGCCUGGAGGCGGCGGCGCUGCGGGCGGAGCUGGAGCGCGAGCGCGGGGCCGGCGGGGAGCAGGAGCGUGUGGUGGGCGCGCUGCGGGCGCAGGUGGCGGCCCUGGAGGAGCAGCUGCGGGAGCUGGGCCGCCGCCACGAGAGGACCAGCGCCGAAGUGUUCCAGGUGCAGCGGGAGGCCCUGUUCAUGAAAAGUGAGCGACACGCAGCUGAGGCCCAGCUGGCAACGGCGGAACAGCAGCUGCGGGGUCUGCGCACCGAGGCUGACCGCGCCCGCCAGGCUCAGAGCCGUGCUCAGGAGGCCCUGGACCGAGCCAAGGAGAAGGACAAGAAGAUCACAGAGCUGUCCAAGGAGGUCUUCAGUUUGAAGGAGGCUCUGAAGGGAGCGACAACAGCCUCAAACACUCCAGAAGUGGACACUUUGCGGGAACAGGUGACAUCACUGCAGGAACAAUUGGAGUCCUCGUCCUCCUGCGCCCAGUGGAGGACGCCCGGCUCCGACUUCCCCGUCCUGCCCAGCCCAGGAGGAAGUUGGGGGGCCUCUGCCAUGGCCCUGGGACUUGUUGUGGCCCUCAUGCUGGGGACCACCUGCUGGCUGUGCAGCAGGACAGAAGUGACUUCUCAAACCUCAGUUCCCCUGUGUGAAAAAUGGGCCAAGUUUUCCUGGCAGGGAGAUGGGGUGCCUCAGAGCCCCUCCGCGGGUCUUCAAGGGUCACCUUCAUGCCCCCCACCACCUGGGGUCCACACAGUGUCCAGCCAGCCCAGGGUGCAGUGCCGGGCCUCCAGGUACCCCAUCGCUGUCGACUGUUUCUGGAACCUUCCACCAGCUCCCAAUGCCACAAGACCCAUAUCCUUCAUCGCCACCUACAGGCUGGGGGUGUCGGCCUAUGGGGAGAGCCGGCCCUGCCUGCAGCCCAGCCCGGGCUCCCGACACUGCACCAUCCGCAACGUCCAGCUCUUCUCCAUGGUCCCCUACGUGCUCAACGUCACGGCCCUGCACGCUGGUGGCGUCGCCAGCAGCUUCCUGCCCCUCAUCCCCGAGCACAUCAUUAAACCAGACCCUCCAGAGGCUGUGCGCCUGAAUCGGCUGCCUGGCGAGCGGCUCCAGGUGCAGUGGCAGCCCCCCAGGACCUGGCCCUUCCCAGAGGUCUUCGCCCUCAAAUACCGAAUUCGAUACAAAAGGCGGGGAGCUGCCCGCUUCCGGGAGGUGGGACCCAUCGAAGCCACUUCCUUCACACUCAGAGCUGGGAGGCCCGCAGCUGGCUACUGUGUGCAGGUGUCCGCACAAGACCUCACCAGUUACGGGGAGUCCAGUGAUUGGAGCCCCCCCGCUGCCACCCUGGAGGCCCUGGGCAGGUAGCAGGCGGCUGGGACCUUGACAUCUGCCCCCACUCCCUGGCCUGCACUACCCCCCACGCGGGGCUGCCCGGGCCCUCAUCUGGACUGGUGGAAACCCUGGCGAGUGGCUUGACCUCUCACAGCCUCUGCUCCUCCCCCUGGGCAGCUGGGUGCGGUCUGUUUCUCCUCUGACCAUAAGGCGUCAUGAAUUCUGAGUGGGAGCUGUGUGUGGGGGGGGGGGGCAUUUAACAGGAAAAAGACCCUUGUCUUUGGACCCCCAAGUCCUUGUGGCCCAGGAGACAGCAAGUGGAUAAAGCAUUGGACUCUCAAGCAUGAGACCCUGAGUUCAAUUCCCAGCAUCCCACGUACCAGAGGGAGGCCCCACUUCUGUCUUGCAAUAAUAACCAGGGCCUGGGUGGGUGGUGGCACCUGUUACACUGUUUGAGAACCCAGGUUUGAAGCCCUGGUCCCCACCUGCCCGGGGAAAGGUUUGCGAGUGGGGAAGCAGAGCUUCAGGUGUCUCUCUUCCUAUCCUGCCCUUCCUUCUUGAUUUCUGUCUCUAUCCAACAAAUAAAGGUAGUAAAUUAAAAAAAUAAAAGUAAUUAAAAAUAAUUUUUAAAAUGUGUCUUUUUGAAGGAGUUGGGCGGUAGCGCAGCGGGUUAUGUGCAG